AUGGGUUUAAAGGGUUUUUUUGAAGGCGGCGUUGCUUCUAUUGUGGCCGGCUGCAGCACCCAUCCACUGGAUCUAAUCAAGGUCCGUAUGCAGCUCCAGGGCGAGGCGGCGCCGGCGCCGGCCGUCCAAAACCUCCGCCCUGCUCUGGCCUUCCAAACAGCCACCGCGGCCCACAUCCCUGCGCCCCCUCCCCGCGUCGGUCCCGUCGCCGUCGGCCUCCGCAUCGUGCAGCAGGACGGCGCCGCCGCCCUCUUCUCCGGCGUCUCCGCCACCGUCCUCCGUCAGAUGCUCUACUCCACCACCAGGAUGGGCCUCUACGACAUCCUCAAGGGCAAGUGGUCAGACUCCCAGACCAACACCAUGCCGCUUGCCAGCAAAAUCGCCGCCGGACUCAUCGCCGGCGGCGUCGGCGCCGCCGUGGGGAACCCAGCGGACGUGGCCAUGGUCCGGAUGCAGGCGGACGGCCGCCUCCCGCUGGAGCAGCGGCGGAACUACCGGGGCGUGGGGGACGCGAUCUCCCAGAUGCGGAGGAAGGAGGGGAUCGGCAGCCUGUGGCGGGGAUCGUCCCUGACGGUGAACCGCGCCAUGGUGGUGACGGCGGCGCAGCUGGCGUCGUACGACCAGUUCAAGGAGGUGAUCCUCGGGCGGGAUCUGAUGGCCGACGGCCUCGGGACCCACGUGGCGGCGAGUUUCGCGGCGGGGUUCGUUGCGUCGGUGGCGUCGAACCCUGUGGACGUGAUAAAGACGCGGGUGAUGAAUAUGAGGGUGGAGGAGGGGGCGCCGCCGCCUUACAGAGGGGCGGUGGACUGCGCGGUGAAGACGAUAAGGGCGGAGGGGCCGUUGGCUCUCUACAAAGGGUUUAUUCCAACGAUUUCGAGACAAGGGCCCUUCACGGUGGUGCUGUUUGUCACUCUAGAGCAAGUCCGCAAAUUGUUUAGGGAUUUUUAG